AUGAAUCCAACAAAUCCUGAUAUUGAUUCAUUCCGUCAGCAAACAUUCACUAUUGACUUACUUUAUGACAAUAACAGUAAUAAAUUAGAUGUUCAUUUGGCAACUCUCAGAAAGCAAAGAGGAGGCGGCCCCUUACCAAAAAUGACCGGAGAAAAACUAUUUGGUUUGGUGUUUGAUCUACGUUGUCAAGAAGCCGCUAUAAGGAUAACACGAAAAGACAUUUCUGAAUACAUCAAAACUGAACGCUGGAGGAAUGCAGGAUCUGCUGAACAGUAUCAAUAUAAGCUUUAUGCAAAAGAUGCUAAUGAUGAGGAUGAUAAUAAAUAUAGAAAAACGUACGAUCCAAAUGAACCUUUAAUAAACAUCAACAAUCCAAAUGGGGGUGGAUUUAGUUCGUUUUCUGGAAUGAAUUCAACAGAUAACUUUUUUAAUGGAUCAAAUUCAGCCAUUAAUUAA